AUGGGUGUCAAAUUGAAUUCUAGGAGCAAGUUAGCCCAGCUCUUUGAUCUCGACUCUAACGGCUUCGUUCUCACCGCUUUUGACCUUGUUCAGCAGCUCAACGACAGUACUGCGAACUUCAAUUCUGGCAACCCGCUCAUUCAAGCAAGUCUCGCUCCAUCCUUCGGCGACAUCAGCAAUGCUGGAAAGUCAGUCAAGGGCCUCGAUGAUAAGAUGAAGUUCAUGGUCGCAUCCUCGAUGAAGAAACUCCUCGAACUCAAGAACAAGAACAGCCUUUCCUGGGAGAACAUCCAAGAAUGCUUCAAACAAAACAAGACGUUGGUUGCUGAGAGCAGCCCUAAAGAGAUAGUGGAGAACUUUACCACGGAGAGUUCGUCUGAUUUCAAGUUCGAUGGGUCUCCCGAUCCCAACCUCGUUCAGAAGGUCAUGGUGUGGUGGGAAGGCCAGGCCUGCCCUGAUCCGGAUAUCAGGAAUGACGCGAAACUUGAUAUCAAUUCGCUUGCCAAGGUUGUUGCAUGGUCUGGCGCGACGAUUAAUGAUUUCUCGAGCUUCUGGUCCAAGCACGAGCAGCACGAGCGUACUUUACUUGAAGUCGGAGUUAUGAGGUAUCCAAGUAUUGCCAAACCCUACUUCAAGAUCUACAGGAUCAAACUCCACGCUUGGUCCGACUGCACUCGUACCGUGUGGCACCAAGAGGAUAAGAAUGGUAUCCAGUCGACCGUCACUUCUCAAACAUUCAAGCCUAACAAUAAAUUUCUCGACCAAGUCAAGAAGGAGGCAGUGAAGACAGCCGCCGCGGAGAUUAACGAUUUAUUUUCCUAG